AGCGUGGUUCUGCCUUCUGCCAUUUUCUCCUGGUGUCAGUUGAGUGUCGGUCUACUUUUUCGGAAAUUAAUAUAAUAAUUUUAAAUAUCUCAAAAUGAAGCAAAAGAAAGGAAAUGUGAGUAUAAAAUCUCCAUUUAAUGGCGUUAAAAAAGCUGGCAUUAGUCCCGCAAAAGGAACACCGGGAAAGAUUAAUCAGAAGAAAACUGGCAUUAGUCCUGCAAAAGGAACACCGGCAAAGAUUAAUCAAAAGAAAGGUGGGAAAACUCCCGUAAAAGCGGUGCCGCCAAAGAAGGUAGAAGAAGAGGAGGAAGAUGACUCGGACGAGGAAGAAGAUUCUGGUGCUGAUGUCGCUGCCGGCAUAGCUGAUGAUGCAGAGGAUUCCGCAGCUGAAGACCAAGAGGAUGGAAAUGAGGUUGAUGAUGAAGAUGAUGACGAUGAUGAAGAUGAAGAUGAUGAUGAUGAAGAUGGAGAGGAGGACGAUGAUGAUGAAGAUGAUGAGGCCGAAGACGGAGACUUGCUUGAUAAUGAAGCUGAGGAAGAGGGUGAAGACGAAUCCGACGAUGAAGAACCAGCUGAAGCACCUAUUGAAAAGAAAUCGGUUAAAGCAACUAAGGCUAAAAAGGAGAAGUCAACAAGCGGAAGUGCUUUCUCAAAAAUUAAAACUGGUGCUCUUCCAAAAGACUUCCCUAAAGACCAAGUGCUUGUAGUAAAAAACCUUCCCAAACAAUAUAAGCAAAUUGACCUGGUAGAGGUGUUUGCAAAGUAUGGUAAUUUGGAUACUAUCCAUAACAUUCAUGGACCAGUUAGUAGCAUCGCAUACGUUGCAUAUUCGUCACCUGAAGAAGCAGAAGCAGCGCAAGCUGGAACAGACAAUAUAGCUAAGGUUAAAGGUAUCACACUGAAAGUAAACAUUCAAACACCAAAUCCCAAGAAAUUGAAGAGGGUCGAAAAAAAAAAAAUUUUUGCCGAGGAAAAGAAGGCUGCAUAUGAAGAUAAAAAACGCAAGAUUGAGGAGAGCAAAUCUCGCACCGUUUAUGUUAAAAAUAUAAAGCAGGGUACAACUGAAGAGCAAGUUAAAGAGCAUUUUGCUGAAUGCGGUGAAAUUGAAAGCGUGAGCCUCUUUUCACGCAACCCACUCGCAUAUGCGUUUGUUUGUUUUAAAGAUGCAUCUUCAAUACCGGCUGCAGUGAAUCUACACAACUCGGUUCUUAAUGGUUUAAACUUGUGGGUGCAAAAAGGGGAUGAGCAAAACAAAGAAGUGACAAAAGACCCUCAGCGCACUAUUCUUUUAAAAAAUAGCCAAAAGUUAGAAUGUAUUGAACCCGCUAAAUUGGAUUCAAUUUUCUCUAAAUGCGGAGAAAUCGAAGGCUACUCAAUAUUGUGCAAAAAGAAUGUACUAGCUUUUAUUACAUUUGCGAAUCAGAAAGGUGCUAAAAAAGCUUUGCAAUUGAAUGGUACUAGCGCUAAUGGUCUGGAUAUUGAAAUUCAAGAGUAUAAAGUGAUUACACCUAGAAGUAAAUCAACAGUGUUCAUACAAAAUGUAAAACCCGGUACGACUGAGGAUGAUAUUCGUGAACUUUUCGCCUCAACGGGCCCAAUUGAGAAUGUACACUUAUCGGCAGGUUUUGCCACUGUCAAGUUCGAGGAUGUUGAAAGCUUUUGCAAAGCUUUCCUUCUAAACGAGUCAUAUCUUCGCGGUCAAUUAAUAUUCAUAGAACCAUAUUCGGAAAAAAAGCAAGCUGUACUCAGAAGCGUACAUCAAAAGUCAUCAUUCAACAGAAAGAGGCCAGCGCCGUUCAACAAAGGAGGGUACGCCAAAAAGCCAAGACCCAACUAAAUAAAAAUAUAUGAAUUAUUUUAAAGUGAAAAUUAAUAUUGCUGCUCUAAAUAUUUUAAUUGUUUUACUACAAUACAAAUGUAAUUUUUACAAUUAGUUAUUAGUAUAUACUACAAACCAACAUAAAAUACAAAAAUUUAAAUCAGACCCAAUUAUGCAUAAGUAUCCUAGAGUUGGCAUAUUUCAUGGUGUCGAAAUGAA